UCUCAUUAGUUUCUACAUUUAACGGUUAAAUAUUAUGGAGGGUUCUACUAAACAGGUAGAAAGCUGUGAGAUGGAACCAUGGCAAGAUCUAAGUGGCAAGAUUGUUAUGGUUACCGGCGCAUCUGCUGGUAUUGGCUGGGAAGUUUGUAUCAACUUAGCCAAGUCUGGUUGUAGGAUCAUUGCUGCUGCUCGUCGAACUGAGCGCCUGAAGGCUUUAUGCGAUGUAAUUAACAAUGUGGCUAUGUCCGAGGAUGAGGCAAACCAAAGUGAGGCGCCUAGAAAUGGUGGCGUUCGAGCAGUGGCAGUGGAGCUUGAUGUAAGCUCCAAUGGUCCCACCAUUGAAGCAUCCGUGCGUAAGGCUUGGGACGCUUUUGGGCAUAUCGAUGUUUUAAUCAACAAUGCCGGUAUCAGAGGUCCUUUACAAAAUGUGGUAGAUCUAUCAGAAGAGGAUUGGGAUAGAACCUUUAGAACAAAUGUAACAGGAUCAUGGUUGGUGUCGAAGUAUUUUUGCUUUCAGAUGCGUGGUUUUGAUCAAGGAGGAUCCAUAGUCAACAUCUCUUCGAUUGCUGGCCUUAAUCGUAUUCAUCCACAUGGAGCCGUUGCUUAUGUUUCUUCAAAAUCAGCCCUUGACACCAUGACUAAAGUGAUGGCAAUGGAACUUGGAAGAUAUAACAUAAGGGUAAACUCAAUUGCUCCCGGGUUAUUCAAAUCCGAGAUAACAGAGAACCUCUUUAAGAAAAAAUGGAUCAAGAACUUUGCUUCAAAAACAGUUCCAUUGAGAGAUUUUGGCACAACCGACCCAGCCAUGACGUCGUUGCUAAGGUACCUGAUCCAUGACUCAUCAAGGUACCUGACCGGUAAUAUUUUCAUUGCAGAUGGAGGACAUACCUUAGCUGGUGUGCCACUUUAUUCGUCACUUUAAAUUUACUCUUCCUCUAAUAAUCAAGUAUGUUCACUGUGUCGUCAUUAGA